GUGAACGAGCGCGAGGGAGCAAGCAACGCCAUUUUCUCAAUUCGCGGGUGAAGACUGUGUGCGGUGUGUGAAUCAUUUGGCGAAGUUUUUCCACGUUUCUGCUUUACGACGUCGAAAUUACGGGCUGUCUCACGGCCCUGGUGCGUUCACCAGUGUUAUGCGUAGACACGCGGCCAGCUGUGCGAUAGAUAUGGUGAGUUCAGAGAGAUCGAAGCGCUCCCGGGAGACGUGACGUCUUGUCAGUCGGCCUUUUCCCAUUCCCCCUUCUCGGUGAGCUCCCGCAGGGAUGGGUCGUGCAGAGUUGUCUCUCAUGAUAACGUAACACAGACUAAACGGUUAACCGAGCGCGCGUUCAAAAUUCUUGUCGAGUACGAUUUCACGUGUAAUAAAAAGAGUCUUGGAAGAAUCAGGAGCCCGUAGAAUGUUUCGUUCGGGCCAAUGGGCGGAGGUUUAGGGCGGCACAUGGCUGUUGGGGCGCCGGCUGUGCAGGGGGUGGUUUUCCCGACGCUAGCUCGAACUGACGAAAAUUCACCGUUCUCGUCAGUCACGGUACUUUGUGCGUACGUAUCUCUUGAUCGGGAUCGCGUGUAAUUGCGGCCGGUCACGGUUCGGAUAACAAGUUCAUAGUGACAGUGGAAAGAGAAGUACUCCGUUAUAUGUCUCGAUUUUCUUACCGAAGAGGAGAAGCAGCCGGAGGCUUCGGCCUUUCGCGGAUUACGCGCGUCUCUCGUGUGCCGUAGCGUUCUGCAUUUUCUUCACGUAAAGCUCGGACAAAGGGACCAACAGUGAUCACGGACGAUCUCUGGAAGAGAAAUAUUUGGCGAUCUUUGUGUUGCUGCGAAGCAGGUCCAACGGGCAACGUCUCUAGAAAGCGGUGAGUGAUCUUUAGAGGAAAGGCAGAAGGCGUCCAGCGAGAAAAUGCCGCUUCCAAAGCGACUGGUGGAGCCGGUGCUGGUCGCACGCGGCACCAUCCCGGAAAACUUCCCUCUGCCCUCGGAACUAGAGGCUGUAACGAAUGGCACGUUGGCCAACACGAUCAGGCAACUGUCCAGUCUGUCCAGGCACGCGGAGGACCUGUUCGGCGAGCUGGCGAGGGAGGCUCACGGAUUGAGCGACAGGGCCAACUCCUUGCAGGCUAGGAUAGAUCGACUGGCCGUGAAAGUUACUCAGCUCGACAGCAACGUCGAGGAAGUCUCGUUGCAAGAUAUACACAUGAGGAAAGCGUUCAAAAGCUCUGUGGUGUUUGAUCAGCAAGUGGUAUCUAGAGACACCAUGCCGACGGCGAUGCUGGAAACUUAUCAUCAAUGUGAUACACCACCACCUCUCGAUAAACUUAAUGUUUAUAGGGAGGACGGCAAGGAUGGGCUGAAAUUCUACACGGAUCCGAAUUACUUCUUUGACCUGUGGAGUCAAGAGAUGCUGAAGGACACGGAAAAGAAGUUGCACGAUCGGGGGAAAAAAACCGAGUCUGAAUAUGCCGAACCGUUCAGAGAGCCACAUAGGCCUCGGAACGAGAGUGGUGGUGGUGGCGGUGGCAGACAUAAGAAGCGUAUAAGGCAACCGCAUAAUACGAGAGAAAGGCAAAAACAGUUGGCCGUUGGUCACGGCGAGUACAUUAUGCCAACGCAAGGUGUUCAAUACAGAGCACCUCACAAUAUACCAGAUGAGUCGUUAUUGGGUAUGGUGAUGACCGAACCACGACCACCUAGGCCGAACAGCAUUGAGCUUAGACGAAGCUACCCUCCGGAGGAACAACAUCUCUACAGUCCUCCUUCUUCCGAUCAUUAUAGGGUAGCAAAUUACGUGACCCAGGGUUAUGAAGACAACUUGUACGGCUCGCACUAUGGCACAGGUCAAGGACAAACGGGUAGCGAAACGUACCAAAGUCCUGGUGGUCAAAGUACUCCAAGUAGAGGUGGUAGAUCACGACCAUCGCAACCACCACCAGCUCCUCCAAGUAAUACUUCUAGCAAUUCAACGCCCACUGUAGCCUCUGCUAACAAUACUCCAACACGAGGAAGAUCAAUGAGCACUGGUAGGGACACCCUUCCACCACCACCUCCGCCUCCUGGUGAAACUAUGUCCCCUCCUCCUAUGAAUGGUUCAAUACCGUCUCAUCUAUUGAAUAGGAACGGAAGUCGUUCAAACAGUCCACUACCCAGUCAUCAUUCUACGCCUACUCCACCGAAUCAUUCUACACAAAUAGGAACAGAUGAAACCGAUCCUGCACCACAAGACUUGCCGCCUCCACCUCCAACUCCCGAUCCUACACCGCCUAGACCUAUUUCUCCACCAUGUAAUAUUCCACCACCGCCUCCUCCACCUCCACCUCCGCCUGUUGCUAACGGACCGUCGCCCCCAAUGCCAUUAACCAAUGGCGAUAUUGCUAAAAUGAUAGCGACCAAUCCACCGAAGUUGAAACCCCUGAAACCUUUGAAGAAUAUUGUGGAUGGGCAAUUGAGGAAGCCCGUUAAUCCGAACAUCCCCCUUGUCGACCCGCGAAAUGAUCUACUUAAAGCAAUUAGAGAUGGAAUAAAAUUACGUAAAGUAGAGAAGAUCGAACAGAAGGAAGUGGAACGCGUGAACGCAUUGAACGACGUCGCAUCUAUAUUGGCCCGACGUGUUGCUGUUGAAUUCAGCGAUAGUGACUCAGCAUCGGAGAGCGAAUGCGACAGUGAAGGAUGGGGCGAGCAGGAAACGAAUCUCGCGUGACCCAGUUCGCUUCCAUCUACUGCCACUGCCUCCUAGAGAAAUGGCUGACGAUUCUUUCGUUUCGUUUGUUCCCAACGAAAGUUUGAUUUUUGUUGCCCGUCGCACAAGUCACGCGCUUUGUUUGCGUGUAGUUGUCGAGUAGAAAUAAUUUGAUUGGUGUACACCGAAGGGGCACCGGAUUUGAAAGUAGAAACAGAACCAGCGAAUUUCGUUACUCGAUUGUUUAUGUUGAGUUUUGUUAAUACAGAGAGCAUAUAAACAGGAAUUAUUAUUAGUAUCAUUAAAAGUAUAAAUGUAGUA